AUGAAUACUCACGAAAACAAUCAAAACGAUACAAACGACCAGCACGAAAGAAGAGAAGAAGAAGACAACAACAGCGAAGAGAAAACGGCGUCGAACACGACGGAAACGCGAUCGAUUUUUACAGGCUCGAAUCACACGUACUCGGACCACUCGAGUUCAGACGAAGAUGAAGAUUUUGCGUCGGUCGGAGACGAAUGCGCGGCACGAAAUAUUACAUCGGCAGAAAACAAUAAAGAGUUUGACGGCGAAGAGAGCGAUUAUUACGAACCGAGAGAUUCCUUAUCGCAAUUUUCUGGGUCGGACAGACACUUGGCGGAAGUUUUAGAUCGACAGUUGAGCGCGAUGGGCCAAUCGUGCGCGGACGAAAACUCGUUAGACCCGGAAGACUUGAAGGCGCCGAGCGUACAAACCGACCCGACGAACCCGAACAACGAUAUUUUGAAUUCAGAUAUGGAUGAAAGCGUGAGUGGAGGCGGGACGCCGAGAGGGAUAGAAGCGGAGUUGCGAGAUCCCACGAAGUUUACGCUAAAGAAUUUAGACACCGGGGCGGAAUAUUUAGUCGGAGAGGAAGCGGCGAACGCUUUGUUGCACAAGAAGAAGAAAGAAAAAAGCGGCGGCGGCGAGAGGAGGAGCGAAGACAGGGAAAAUGCACCGACAGUGACAGACUUAACGACUGGGACAGUCAUGUCUGUGGUGGAAAUGGAACGGAACGUAGCUAUUGAAGCGGUGACGUCGCCGAUUUUGAACGAAGUCGAGAGGAGAGAACGGCUGUCGAUGAAAGAAGAAGGAGGAGAGCAAAGCGAAGACGACGGUAAGACGAAGAAGAAAGGAACGAGUAGCACAACAGCGGACGUCGUCGGUGAUAAAAAAUCGACGACGAAACCUAGGAAUCCCGGCCGGUGGUUGAAGAAACGAUCGACCGAGGCUUGGAAUAAAACGAAGGAGGUGAGUAAAAUCGCGGCGGAGAAAAUCGUAGAGACCAAGUCGCAGUUGCAGCAUUCGCUCGAGGAUCGCAAACAGGAGAGAAGAGCGCAAGAGGAAGAGAAUAGCUCACACCACGCUCAAACUAUAGUCAAACCUGGUUGCGAAGAAGUUGGUCAGUACCUCAAAGUGCACGUGAAUAGGAAAGGGUUCAAAGAUUUCUCAAAAGUUAAAGUGAUUCAAAGCGUCAAAGGCCACGAAGGCGCCGUCUGGUGCAUGAAGUUUUCGCGAACUGGCAAGUUCUUAGCCACAGCUGGUCAAGAUAGAAUUGUUCGCGUGUGGACUAUUCAGUGCAUGAAAUCAGAAGCGCCGGAAAAUGCAGACGAGUCGGAAAAUUACCACGAAGACGGCGAGAUCAAAACGUGUUCGUUCAAAAAGCGUGGAGAAUCGAUGUUCAAAGACGUUCCGUUGCGCGCAUACGUCGGUCACAAAGGGGACGUGUUAGAUCUGUGCUGGUCGCACACGGAUUGGUUGCUUUCUUCGAGCAUGGAUAAAACCGUUCGAUUGUGGUACACGACUAUGAAUGAAUGCUUGAGAAUUUUCGCGCACCAAGAUUUCGUAACUGCGAUUGAUUUCAACCCGGUGAAUGAUAAAUACUUUGUCUCUGGGAGUUUAGACGGUAAGUUGAGAUUAUGGAACAUUCCCGAUCACAGAGUCGUUGACUGGGUGGAUAUUGGAGAAAUGGUUACAGCGGCGUGUUUUCAAAGCGAUGGUAAAUGCGUAGUCGCCGGAUCAUAUCGGGGGAAGUGUCAUUUUUACCAAACCGUCGGCUUCAAGUUUGAGUAUCUCACUUUGCUCGACAUUCAAAAUCGCCGGCAAAGAAAUCCGAUGGGCAAAAAGGUUACCGGCUUACAAUUCUUUCCCGGUGACGAUCGCAAGUUACUCGUCGCAUCGAACGACUCGCGGUUAAGAAUUUAUGACGGUUACCAGUUGAAGACAAAGUAUAAAGGGCAUAAGAAUAAGAAUUCGCAAAUCAAAGCGACGUUUAGCGAACGCGGUGACUUUAUAAUUUGCGGUUCCGAAACUGAGUACCUUUUUGUUUGGCCGACGGUGAAUACUUUCAUCCCGAGCGCAUUUCAUGGCGGGUAUAAAAAAGACAAACACGCGACGUACGAAACUUUCGCCGCACAAACCGACAUCGUUACGACGGCUGUAUUCGCCCCAGAAGAAGUCAUCAUGGCGCGAAUGCCAGAAAAUGAAAAGAGCGCUUACGUAUCGAGAAGAAAGUCCGAUCAAGAGGAGAUUGAGAGCUUGCGAAUACUAGCGGCGAAAGAAUUGAGUGAACAAGUAAAACAGUUGCGAAUGAACUCCGAGGGAAACGAGAAAAAAGACGAUAAAAAGGAUACUCCGGCGUCUUCGUCAAAUAGCAUAAAAGCUCAAGCGUCGAAAUGGGCUUUGGAAAUCGCCGAGGCCAAAAAAACGUGCGAAGCGAGCUUUCGCAAAGCCGCUGGUCUCGGACAAAUAAUAGUUACCGCUGGUUACAGCGGUGAAAUUAGAAUAUUCGAAAACUGUGGACCACCUGAGCAGCUGUCGUCGUCUCAGGUUGGGAAGUCUUCAAAUAAAGAGUGA